AUGAGCAAAACACAAAGUCUCGAUUGGACUGACAGUGCAUCCGAUCAACCUAGAUUUGAAGCACCUCCAGGCUACAAACCCUGGAGCACUAAUUUAUACAAAGCUUACAGUACUGCGAAGAAUUGGAACAAUGCACAACAGACAUGCCAAGAAGAUAACGGAAGGUUGGCUGUUAUAAAUUCAGCUGAAGAAGCUCAAUUCGUUCGUCAGUUACUGAUCGACAACGUUCCAUUCAUCAGAUCUAUUUAUCCCCGUGGCUGGGUGGGUUUCAGAGAUUUUAAUGGCAACGCUAAUUGGCAAACACUUACUGGACAAAAUUUAAACCAAGCUGGCUACAAUAAGUGGUGGAGAAAUAGCGAUCGAGAUGAGAAAAAUAAAUGUGGAGUUAUCAAAACUUGCGGAAGAUUUUCGGCUGUGUCUUGUGAUGAGUCAAUUGCUUUCAUUUGUGACAUUGAACCAUUACUAACAAACAUUCAUGUGGAAUGA